AUGGUAUCAGAGCGAUCCAGAAGCUAUGCCACGGCCGUUGUAAUGGAAGGCGUCGCCGGCGACAAUCCCGGUCAAUCAGAGUUUGCCGGAGCUCCCCCAAAUCCCAUUCCGGCUCAGAAUCCGGCGAAUCAACGCAGCGACGAGUUUGACGACCCCCUCUUCCUGCAUGUGACAGAGAAUCCCAACCUGAGUUUGGUCUCCCUCCCUCUAACCGAGAUCAAUUAUGCCUCUUGGAGCAGGGCAAUGCGAAUUGCCCUUGAAGUCAAAAACAAAUUCGGUUUUGUCAAUGGCACAGCUCUGAUUCCAGAAGAGACUGAUCCGAGAAUUGGAACCUGGAGAAGAUGCAAUCGCAUAGUGUGUUCUUGGAUCUUGAAAUCAGUCAGUCCGGAGAUUGCUGAGAGUAUAAUGUACUUCGAUAAAGCCUCAGAGAUUUGGAGUGCAUUGCAGAAAAGGUAUUCCCAAUCUGACCCUCACAAGAUUUCUGAAAUUCAAAAUGAAAUAUUCAAGAAUCAACAGGGAAAAAUGUCUGUGAAUGAAUACUUUACUAGGAGUAAUGCCUUAUGGCAGCAGCUGAAUGCCCUAAGGCCCCUACUCCUCUGUGAGUGUGUGCCUAGAUGUUCUUGUACCUUGAUGAAAAGAAUGCAAAAACAAAGAGAAAAAGACCAAAUAAUCCGGUUUCUGGAAGGUUUUAGUGAAGAUUAUGAAACAAUUAAGUCCGGAGUUCUUGUUAUGGAUCCAAUUCCGGAUAUGGAGAAGGUCCUAAAUAUGACCUUAAAGCUAGAAAGGAAGAUUAAAGGGACCAUUGCCCAGAAGGCCACUGAAUUCAUUCAAACCAAUGUGGUCCACAGUGCUCAGGAUCAGAUUGAUGAAGAACAGUCCUCACUCACAGCUGCUACUUUUAACAAUAAGAAGAAGUUUCAAAACUUUGGAGGAAAGAAUGUGCCCAAGUGCACCUUCUGUGGGAUGAAUGGGCACACUAUUGAGAAGUGUUAUAAGAAGAAUGGGUACGCCCCUAGUUGGGUUACAGGUUACAAGUCCAAGAACAAGCAAUCCCAAGAGAUGCAACAGCCAUCCACCUCCUCAGUAAAUCAUAUAUCUGACACAGGACUAUCUGUUGAUCAAUUUCAAAGGUUGUUAACCCUUCUGCAAAAUCAGAAUCAUGGUGUUAGCAAUGCAGCUGUGACAGUUAGACCAACUGGAAUCAGUCCAGAGUUUAGAGAAACAACUGAAGGCCAUUCAAAAGGUAUUCCUAUUCCUGAUAUUCAUGUUAACACCCUCUCAAGCACUCAUAUGAUAUGGAUAUUGGAUUCAGGAGCUACAGACCACAUUACAUGCUCCUUGCAAUUCUUUGAUAAAUGUUGCAGAAUUGAGGGAGUAUCUGUUAAAUUACCAAAUGGUGAGGUUGUGAGUGUCACACGUGUAGGACAAAUUAUAUUUGAUAAGGGACUCAUAUUGGAAAAUGUCUUAUACAUACCAUCUUUUACCUUUAAUAUUGUCUCUGUCAGCAAACUAGCUAGGCAAUCAAGGUGCAAACUUGUGAUGAGUGUUGACUGUUGUGAUAUUCAGGGUUCCCUUGGAACAGUGGCUGGUUUUGCUAAGGAAAGCAAUGGUUUGUACCUGAUAAAGGUUCCUCCUGUCAAGAAACAACUAUUGUCAUUAGAUAGGAAUGAUUCUAAAUGUAAUAGCUUGACAGUUAAAUUGUGGCACAAUAGAUUGGGGCACUACCCCAUUAAUAAAAUUCCUUUUCUGAAUGGAGUUGAUAUUGAAUCAGUGUAG